GCGAAUUGAGGUCACUGGAGUUCGAGUAAGGGAGGGACACCUUAGAUGACCAGGCGCGAGAGGACUGUAGCCAAGACCCGAGUGGUGGUGUGGAUGGUUUGGGUGUGGGAGCGUCAGCACCGUAAUGGCCAUAGCUGGAAUAAUGUUACUUCUAAGAAGUGUUCGACUGACAUCAAAAUUUACAAGUUCUUCAGAUAUUCCAGUAGAAUUUAUAAGGAAGAAUGUUAAAUUACGUGGACGAUUACGCCGAAUAACUGAGAAUGGUUUAGAAAUUGAACAUGUUCCCAUUACUUUACCUAUUAUAUCUUCAUGGAGAAAGGAGCCAUAUGGUUUUCUGCUGGUUAAGCUGGCUGGAGUAGAACUCACUGAAACUGGGAAGGUGUGGUUACAGAAAGAGCUAAAACCUUCCCAAAUACUAUGGUUCCAACUUCUUGGAAAGGAGAAUUCAGCACUCUUUUGCUAUCUUUUGGUGAAUAAGGGUAAGUAUUUUAGUGUGAAUCUAAAUGAAGAAAUUUUGAGAAGAGGCCUUGGCAAAACUGUUCAUGUUCCAGGGUUGAAUUACGAUUCUAAAAUAUAUUGGAAAAUUCACAGAAACUUACUUAAAGCUGAGCUAAUAGCCUUAAAAAAAAAAGAAGGAAUAUGGAAGGAAGAAUCUAAAAAAGAAAGUUAUUUGGAAAAACUCAAAGACUCCUGGAGAGAAAUAUGGAAAAAAGUCAGUUAUUAAAAAAAAAUUGGAUCAGAUUUCAACCUGGAAAAAGAAGGUUAUGACAAAUUUAGAAGUAUUUAUGAAGCAUGGAAAGACAACUACUUAAUACUGAAGUUCAGAGAACUUAUGAGUUGCAUGCACUUUCGUAGAAAAGGGUAAAAUAUUCCAAGAGGUCUGGAGGUGACCUACUCUGAAAAGAGUAAAGUAUGUAAAUAUAUAGAUAUUUUUCAUUGAGUCGAAAUGGAAAUUUCCCGAAAUGAUCAAAAUUGUAUUCUAAUGGUAUUUAAAUAUUUAAGAGAUGAUUGUUACAAAUGUAAUAUCAGAAUAAUUUAACAAAUUGUGAUUAAUAUGUUUUUUUAAGAAAAGUAAAACACUAUAAAAAGUUACCAGAUUGAAGGAUAUAUACAUGUAGUGCUGUUUUUGAAGAGGGAGAUUAACUAUUGGCCAUUGUGUUAUUUUACUUAUUUGGGUAUCCAUAUUUUUUUGUUUAAAGAGAAAAUUAAUUUUUUUCAGUUUUAUCAACUUUGAGUAUAAUAAAAAGACUGUUUAUACUUCA